GGGGAGGGCGGCGCCCCGGCAGGCGGUCAGCUGUUUGUGCUGGAAGCUCCGCUGACGCGGGCCAGCAGACGGGACGCCCGGGCCGGGAAGAGGCGCGUCGCCACUGCCACCCAAGUAGCUGCGGCCUGCAUGCCGGUAAGACCAUGAAUUAUGGCAUUUCUUAAAUGAAGCAUUCAGGAAUGAAGUGAAAGUCAUAACGUAUAGAAAAUAGAUGAUUUUUUAAGUUAUGUCUAUUAAUUUGACUAUAGAUCUAUAUUAUAUUUACCUCCUUAGUAAUGCAAGAAGUCUUUGUGGGAAGCAGAGGAGCGAGCAGCUGCCUUUCUUGUGCUCACCUAAACAUUACUGGAGGAGAAGCCACAUCAGUCCACAAAGAGGUUUUCAUACAAGCAGAAUAAGAUGUAAAUGGACCCAAAGUGAAGCUCGUUCCUGUAGUAAGCACUGUUACUCUGCAACCAACCAUGGUUUACAUAUUGGAAUUUUGAAACUUAGUACCUCUGCUCCCAAGGGACUUACAAAAGUGAGCCUUCGUAUGUCCCGUAUAAAAAAUACUUUGAACUCUGUUUCAAAGGCUGUUUUUGGCAAGCAGGAUGAAAUGAUCUCUCGUUUAGCUCAACUUAAACCAAAUUCUCGAAUAUUAAGAAAAGUGUCAGAUAGUGGCUGGUUGAAACAGAAAAACAUUAAACAAACCAUCAAAUUUCUGAAAAAAUAUAGCGGUAAAUCAGCAGAACAGAGUUCUUUUCCAGCAAAGGAAAGUCACGAUCUAGAGAAACAAGAUGUAGGUAAACAAAGGCUUUUUCAUUACACGAAUAAUCUAACCACAAAAUUUGGAGAGUCAUUCUACUUUUUAUCAAGUCAUAUUAAUUCAUACUUCAAGCGUGAAGAAAAAAUGUCUGAACAAAAGGAAAAUAAACAUCUCCAGGACAAAUCAGAACUUGAACUUAAAAAGCUUGAAGAUGAGAAACCUAGUUCUCCAGAUCCUGGCGUCCGAACUGAUAAGAAGCUUGGCUCAGAAGCUUCUGUAUGUUCUGAGGACAAACCUGCAAGUCCCAGCGGGACACCUGAGGUUCUUCCCAUUUCUACUAAACAAAGUAUUGCUAACUUUCUUUCUCGUCCCACGGAAGGUGUACAAGCUUUAGUAGGUGGUUAUAUUGGUGGACUUGUUCCCAAACUAAAGUAUGAUUCAAAGAGUCAGUUAGAAGAGCAGCAAGAGGCAACGAAAGCUGAGCAGGCUGUCAGCAAAGACAAAAAUGCAGAGGAGAAGAGGCGGUUAUCUCUUCAGCAAGAAAAGAUUAUUGCCCGAGUGAGUAUUGAUAACAGAACCCGGGCGUUAGUUCAGGCAUUAAGAAGAACAGCUGACCCAAAGCUCUGCAUUAAUAGGGUUGAAGAACUGACAUUCCAUCUUCUGGAAUUUCCUGAAGGAAAAGGUGUGGCCGUCAAGGAAAAAAUUAUUCCGUAUUUACUGCGAUUGAGACAAAUUAAGGAUGAAACUCUUCAGGCUGCAGUUAGAGAAAUUUUGGCCUUAAUUGGCUAUGUGGAUCCAGUGAAAGGAAGAGGAAUCCGGAUUCUCUCAAUUGAUGGUGGAGGAACAAGGGGUGUGGUUGCUCUUCAGACACUACGAAAAUUAGUUGAACUUACUCAGAAGCCAGUUCAUCAGCUCUUUGAUUACAUUUGUGGUGUAAGCACAGGUGCUGUCCUGGCAUUCAUGUUGGGAUUGUUUCAUAUGCCCCUGGAUGAAUGUGAGGAGCUCUAUCGAAAACUGGGAUCAGAUGUGUUUUCACAAAAUGUCAUUGUUGGAACAGUCAAAAUGAGUUGGAGCCACGCAUUUUAUGACAGUCAAACAUGGGAAAACAUUCUUAAGGAUAGAAUGGGAUCUUCACUAAUGAUUGAAACAGCAAGAAACCCCACAUGUCCUAAGGUAGCUGCAGUAAGUACCAUAGUGAACAGAGGGAUAACGCCCAAAGCCUUUGUGUUCAGAAACUAUGGACAUUUCCCUGGAGUCAACUCUCACUAUUUGGGAGGCUGUCAGUAUAAAAUGUGGCAGGCCAUUAGAGCAUCAUCCGCUGCUCCCGGCUACUUUGCAGAGUAUGCGUUGGGAAAUGAUCUUCAUCAGGACGGAGGCUUGCUCCUGAAUAACCCGUCAGCAUUAGCAAUGCAUGAGUGUAAAUGUCUUUGGCCAGACGUCCCAUUAGAGUGCAUAGUAUCCUUGGGCACUGGACGUUAUGAGAGUGACGUGAGAAACACCAUGACGUACACAAGCCUGAAAACCAAACUGUCUAAUGUUAUCAACAGUGCCACAGACACAGAAGAAGUCCAUGUAAUGCUUGAUGGUCUGUUACCUCCUGACACCUAUUUUAGAUUUAAUCCUGUUAUGUGUGAAAACAUACCUCUAGAUGAAAGUCGAAAUGAAAAACUGAAUCAGCUGCAGUUGGAAGGGUUGAAGUACAUAGAAAGAAAUGAAGAAAAAAUGAAAAAACUGGCAAAAAUAUUAAGUCAAGAAAAAACAACUCUGCAGAAAAUUAAUGAUUGGAUAAAACUAAAAACUGACAUGUAUGAAGGCCUUCCAUUCUUUUCAAAAUUGUGAUGAGUGUGUGCAUAUAGUCUCCUCUAACUGAAAGACCGUGCAGAAGAGCCGCAGAAUUCAAUAAGGAAUUCGGCAUGACUACCUUUGAAAUGCUUAUGAAUUCUGGGGACUCCUGAAAAGACAGUGUUCGGACCAGCUUGCACAGUACAGAGAGGGUGUACUUGGUUAUAGAAUUCAUACAGGAAUUAGGUUUUUAUGAUGUUAAUAAUUAACUGUACUUUAGGAAUCUUACUGUGCUAGUUUUAGUACAUAUCAGUGUUGUAUUGUUUGAUGUUUGAAAAUUUAUUAAUAUAUGUGCCAAACAAGAACUGAAAACUAUCAUACUUAGUAUUUUUACUUUAGUCACCAUCAUCAUGUUAAAUUUGUUUGAUCAUUGAUUUUCUUUCAUGUGGAAAAGCUAAUUUCUUCUUAAAUUAAUUCAUCACUUUAAACUUCACUUAGGUUUUCUCUAGCUACAUUCAACGAUCCAAAUGUUGCCUUCUACUGUUGUCAUAUCAUCUAAACAGAUGCAGAAAAAGUGGAAUUCUCUCUUUCAAAGGACUUUUACAUUUGUAAGAUGAAAGAACCAGAUAGUUUUCUAUUCCAAAUGUGUUUAUUUCAACAUUGUUUGGUUCCAAAAGAUAGGUGAAAUUCCAAUCAACCACUUUUUCCCCCUGAAAUUUCAAGAUAAUGCUAUAUGUUAACUUUUCUAGCUCUAGCUUAUCAUUCACUGUUAUGAAAUUAUUUGAAUUUACUGAGAAGAUACCCCUAUCAUUAACAAAAAUAAAUUAUUGAAAUAAUCUAUGUUAAAAGGCUGAUGUCAUUUUUUAAUUAUUUAUUAUUCAGAAUGUAGC